AUGUCUUUGGUCGACGACAGCAACCCGAGCGUGCAGUACGCGUCCGGCUGGAUAUGGGACCAGGGAGUCGCGGAAGUCGACGCGACCCGGCACGGAGCAAACGUCGCGGGACUGAGGGCAUGGCUCUCGUUCACCGUCAGUGUCGUCGGCACGCUGGGACCCUCCGACAAGUACGGGCAGCCGAAGACGACGUACUUGAUCGACGGGCAGGUCGCGGGCUCGUACAGUGCGCCGGUCACGCCCUCGGGGGAGACGCGGUAUAACGUCACGUUCUUCUCGGCGCAGGAUCUUUCUCCGGGGGACCAUAUCGUUCUCAUCAAUAAUACGGAUGGGACGAGCCCGAACACUUUCUGGCUGGACUACUUCCUUAUCGAUCAUUCGCCAAACUCGACGUCAGGUUCAAGCUCUCCGACAAUCACGCCCUCGCCCAACACCGUUUCUGUGUCUCUCCAAACAGUCACGUCUACCAGCGGGACCGCGACCGUUGUAUCGACCGUGAGCGUUACGGUGCCGGUCAAACUACAGCCGGACCCAACAUCUGCCGCGAACACUAGCGGUUCCGGGUCCAGCUCCUCUCAUUCGAAUGCGGGCGUGAUCGCUGGUGCUACAAUCGCUGGUGUCGCGCUGCUGGUCCUCCUCGGCGUCGCGUUUUGGUGGCUUCGACGCCGGCGCCGCUCUGACACCACUCCAGGCACAGUUGCCCCCUUCACACUGCCCCAAGACCCGUUUGUAUCUGGGCACCAGCCCUCGAUGCGAUACUCCACAAACACGGGCGCCACGCUGCCCGUAUCGCCUGCAGGCAGCCACUUCGGCCACAGACCGCCCACCGCGCCUCCCUCCGAAGUCGCGCCCGAGAGCGUCGUGAGCCGUCCCGAGUCCGAUGCGCCGUCCGCGUCGAGCGGGGCCGGCCUGCUGGCGCCUCUGAGGCGCACCGCUUCCCCCCCCAGCCCAUCUGCGCCUGCAUCUUAUAGCCCUUCUCCCGUCUCGGAGAAGAGCCAGAGGACGCGCUCGGACCCUGAUACCCCUUCCCUCGCAUUCUCCUCCCUUCCUGGCACGGGUCCGGAGUCAUCAUACAGCCAAAGCGGGCCUCUGACCCCCGCCUCGCUGGCGUUCUCGUCUACUAGUGGCACGGCGCCACUGAUGCCCCCUGGCGCGCUACCUCCUGGGGCGUGGCACGCGCCGCCGGACUCUCAUGGACGCGCGCAUACGCUCUUGCGCUCGCUGUUCUCACGCGGAAAUCGCGCGGGCCCUCGGAGCGAUGUAUCGGCGGCGCCGAGAGACGUUGACUCGGGAUUGAGGCUGUAUGACAACGUUGUGUUGCCGCCGCCGUAUACGCAGGAGUAA